CGGAAUCAUGGAGAUACCUCAACUCCUCCAUCCUAUAUAACUUUCAUCCUUUCCCCCAUGGGCUUCUGUCAUCACUCUCAUCUCAUCCCCGCAAACCCACGUGGCAAGAUUUCAUUCUCUCCUGCAUAGCAUACUGCCUAGCUUAUGUCGUCCACCUCCUCGUCAGGUUCAGUGGAAAAAUUUUCAGUCCCAAUGGCUAAGACCGCUCACGAAGAGCACCCUCACCUCGAUGUCCCUCAAGCCCCCAGCCGACGUACCUCGGUGGCGGGCAUGCCUGCUUUUGCGGAACACGGUCCCCUAGUUGAUCACAAGAUCCCGCAGGCUGAAGCUGUCCAGCAAGAACCAGAUUUGGCAUGGAGCCGAAUCCGACACUAUCUUCGAGAACCGCUUUCCGAGUUCUUUGGAGUCUUCAUCCUCAUCAUGUUCGGAGACGGUGUCGUCGCCCAAGUCGUUCUCAGUGGCGGCACCAAGGGUGAUUAUCAAUCCAUCUCUUGGGGCUGGGGUCUUGGUGUCAUGUUAGGUGUCUACUCUAGUGGUAUCUCAGGCGCACAUCUCAAUCCUGCUGUAACCUUCGCCAACUGCGUCUUCCGAAAAUUCCCCUGGAGAAAAUUCCCUGCCUACAUGCUGGCUCAGGUUCUCGGCGCUAUGGUAGCCUCUGCGGUUGUCUACGCCAACUACAAAUCAGCUAUUGAUGUUUUCGAAGGAGGAGCACAUAUCCGCACUGUCGGUGGCGAGACCUCGACUGCUGGCAUCUUCUGCACCUACCCCGCGGCAUUCAUGACCAGAACUGGCAUGUUCUUUUCCGAGUUUAUUGCCAGUACCCUCCUUAUGUUCCUCAUCUACGCCCUGAAAGACGACGGAAACAUUGGAGCUGGACCCCUUACACCACUUUGUCUCUUUUUUGUCAUCUUUGGCAUUGGUGCUUGCUUUGGCUGGGAAACCGGCUAUGCUAUCAACCUUGCUCGUGACUUUGGUCCUCGCUUGGUCUCCUACAUGAUCGGCUAUGGCCAUGAGGUCUGGUCCUUCGGUGGCUACUACUUCUGGAUCCCUAUGGUCGCACCUUUCAUGGGCUGCACUUUUGGAGGCUGGCUUUAUGAUACCUUCUUGUUCACAGGUGAAAGCCCGAUCAACACUCCCUGGAUGGGCUUGAAGCGCUUCACCCAGCCAAAGCGAUCCGUUUGGUCCAAUACCUACCAACCCAAUAUCGACGAACAUAUGGCGUAAAUAUCGGUGCUUCGGCGGAGGCGUCAGAGAGAUUAAAACUUUUGCGGUGUGGAUAUAAGAGAUUUGCGCGUCCACGCCCGUCAUCGGUAGAGUGUCACCGGCAAGAAAAUUCAAUGCGGGAACUCUGAAGCAAUUUACCUGCUUUACUGUGGAAUACGAAGUGGCCACAGCUCGCUCGAAGGGAAGGUCACUGUACAUAUGACGUUCGAGCACAGGAGAUGAUCAGAGAGAUGAACAUAGGAUGAAUGACUUUAUUACGACCUUGAA